AUGACUUUAAUUGCUGCUAUUUCUAAACUCUCAUUCGGUGGAAACACUUCUAAAUCAUUUGGAUCAGUUGGAUCAUCUUUUGGUUCUAGUUCAUCUGAAGGACAUAAUCAACUUUCCUUGGUAGUAAAGUCAAACACCAAUGUCCAAGCUUCACUUGCUGCUCCAACCAACAUCCAAGCCGAUGUUCAAGCAUUCGCAGCUGUCAAGCUCUAA